AAUUUGACAUUUGUGACAAAUGAAUCAUUUGCAACGUUGUCAGUGUUAUCAUUUAUUACGAAAAAUCGAAUUACAUAAAUCGUUUUAUUGUUUGUCAUUAUCCAAAGUUUAGAUUUAUUUCAGAAUACUAUUUGAUGCAAUUUUCGUUUAAAAAGUGAGGCCGGAAGCUAGAAAAAUCACCAUUAUGCAAUACGUGGCAUCGCUGCAUUUUUCAGUGUUUGCAAAACUUUAAUGUGUAAAAACGUAUUAAUUGCUUAAUAAUAAUCAUGAAUAAUCCCGUAAACAAUGCCUCGUCUAGAGCCGUCCGGACUAGGCGAAAUCUGCGAAAGUCCCUACCAAAAACCAGGACCGGCCUAAGUAAAUCAUUAUCCUAUUGUGCAAGCUUGGUGUUUUUUACCGUGAGUUUUCUUUGCAAUCAAAGCAACUCGGGUUUUAUUGGAUCAGUUUUUAUUUUGUCCAUCUCUUUGCUUUUCUUGUUCGUGUUAGAGUUAAUUACUCGACUUUUACACGGGGUGGAAGAAUACGAACAUUUGGAAACACGUUACAAGAACAAUUUUUUAACUUUACUUAAAGACAUUUUUCAUUUUUCGAAUAGUAUUUUUAUUAUUAUUGUUUAUUUUUUAUUUGCAUUUAUUUCGUACGUAAUGUAUAACCAAUACAACAAAUUACCGUGGCAUGAAAUGGGCCUGAUUUCAAUGUUAUCGUCACUGGCGUGUGCAUUUUUUCUGCAAGAAAACUUCAAAUUGAAAAGUGGCCCUUUGUACGACUCUUUGUGGAUAGAAAAUUGCCCAGGUUUGGACUACGGCUCAGGAAUGGCCCAUUCCUUCUUCCACGGUUACCUCAAAUUGGUAAUCCCCAACACGGGCACUUCUAAGAAACAUUUAGAAGAACUUAUGAAGGAUUACGAGGACAGACAUCAUGUAAAACUCGCGUUUUACAAGUUGUUUAUUCUAAUACCAAAGUCACUUUAUUGCUCAACUAGCUUAAAAACCGACAAAUCGCCAAGCAUUGAAGAGAGUUCCUCCCUUGAGGAAAUAGUGAUGACAGUAGCUGGUGUUCAAAAUCGAGUCUACAAAAACUCAGUUUACAAAAUCAAAGCCGAGGAUGGCAAAAGGAUUUAUGUGGCGGCCGAAUACGCCACACCUUUGAAAACGUUCAAAGACGUGGUGGAAUCCAAUGGGGAACAUUCAAGCUACUACGCGAAGCACAAAAACGACAUUGUUUUACAGUUUUACUUAACGUUGCAGAAAGUGCUUAAAGAACGCGAAGACUGUACCAAUUUCUGCGAACUGAUUUAUUACGAUGACAAGGACGAAAAUGGGGACUUGAAGGACGUAGGACAAAUUCUGACGCAACGUAUUAGGAAACUACAAAGGGCAAUAAGACAAUAAAUAAAAUUGUCAGAGAAAUGUGGCUGUGCUAGUUCUAAGCCCUCAGUGAGGGAGCCAUGUCUGUGUACCUUUUUCGACUAAUUUUAAUAACUAUUUCAUAAUAUUGUGUAAUCGCUGUUUUUUGUAAUUUUUAAAUGAAAUAAAUUUGAGUUAAUUUUU